AUGGAUAGCGGUCCAGCAAGAGGAGAUUCCAAAUUCAUGGUGCCCGUGGCCCCACAGCCAUCCAGCUUUGUUUCGUCAGACGAUGAAGCGAUGGAAGACGCGGAGUGUGGAAGGGACGAAGAAUGGGACGAAUCUCUAUUCCAGUCUGACGCAGAUCGACUCGGGGUACUGAUGGCCUCUUGA